AAAACAACGUGGAGUGCGCAAGAAAAUCACACAUCAAAAUCAGCUGUGACAAUCAGUAUGGCCGCUCAUUUAGCAAGAAAAUAAAAUUUAACUAUAUUAUUUUCAAACGGUUUGCAAAAAUAGGAAAGUGUUGGUAGUGUUUACAUUUUAGUUGAUUUAUUUUAUUCGAGUCGGUGUUGACUAUAAAAGUGUUGCGUCAUGACAAGAAAGACCUCUCACUGACAAACAAAUACAAUAAAAAAUUUAACCACUAAUUGUAGCAGAAUUUCAGCAUUUCCCUUGCAUUCGUCUUUCAUUUUGUUGAGUUUAUUGCGAGCUAAUGUGAUUUUCGCGUAAAUAAGCCCAUAAUUCUACAAAAUGAGUACGGUUCGGUUGAGUUUGGUAUCGGUUGGAAGAAUUGCUGUUAGGAGAAAUUCGCAGUUGACAUCGGGUGCUGCGCAGUCAUGUCGAGGUCUCCGCCGCUCGAGUCCCCGUUCCUUCAGUACAUGCGCCGUUUUGUGCAAGAGUCCCACGGAACAGCCCCCAGGGCCGCCACAUGCAGGCAAAGAUGCUGCAAGUACUGGUUCAGCAGGUGGCAAAAAGUCAGGUAAUGGGGUGCUCACGUGCCCCAAAUGUGGAGACCCUUGUACCCACGUGGAAACCUUCGUCAGUUCAACACGUUUUGUCAAGUGCGACAAAUGCCACCACUUCUUCGUGGUGCUGAGCGAGGUCGACACGAAGAAGAGCAUCAAGGACAAUGCUGACGCGAAAAACGGGUUCUACAGGAAGCCGCCUCCACCGCCGAAAAAGAUAUUCGAGUACCUUAACAAGCAUGUUGUGGGCCAGGAUUUUGCAAAGAAAGUGCUGUCAGUGGCCGUAUAUAACCACUACAAACGGAUAUACAAUAAUGUCACUAGUGGCGCUAACGACGCUCACCAUCCACUGCAUCACGCACACAAAGAUCUGCUGCACCUAAGUCAGGGUGGGACAGGCGGCGGUGCGGAAGUACUGGAGCGACAGAACCACGAGCUGAGACUUGACAAGAGCAAUGUACUGCUUUUGGGACCUACUGGAAGCGGUAAAACCCUCCUUGCACAGACGAUAGCGACAUGUCUAGACGUGCCCUUUGCGAUUUGCGACUGUACGACUCUGACGCAGGCUGGAUACGUUGGCGAGGACAUUGAGAGCGUGAUCGCGAAAUUACUACAAGACGCCAACUUUAAUGUGGAGCGAGCGCAGACUGGGAUCGUGUUCCUCGAUGAGGUGGACAAAAUUGGUGCAGUUCCCGGAAUACAUCAGCUUCGAGAUGUUGGAGGCGAAGGAGUACAGCAAGGCAUGCUCAAAAUGCUGGAAGGUUGCAUUGUGUCCGUACCCGAACGUAAUUCUCGCAAACUACGCGGUGACGCGGUACAAGUUGACACCACGAACAUACUAUUCGUCGCGAGUGGGGCAUAUAACGGACUCGACCGCCUAAUCCAACGACGCAAUAACGAGAAAUACCUUGGUUUCGGCGCGUGGGACCCGAAGUCGGGACGACGGGCUGCGUUCGCUGCGGCCGCGGCCGACGCCUCGCCAUUGGAUACGGCGAAAGAUGAGUGCAACGAAAGAGAUAGCUGGCUUCGUAAGGUGCAAGCCAGGGACCUUAUCGACUUCGGCAUGAUUCCCGAAUUCGUUGGUCGUUUUCCCGUACUGGUGCCUUUCCACAGCCUCGAUCAGGACCUCCUCGUUCGGAUACUGACAGAGCCUAAGAACGCUAUUGUCGCCCAGUACAAAUUACUGUUCGCGAUGGACAAGUGUGAGUUGUCGUUCAGUGAAGAGGCGCUUCGAGCUGUUGCCGCUAUGGCCAUGGAGCGAAAGACUGGUGCUAGGGGAUUACGGGCCAUCAUGGAAAACCUACUUCUGGAAGUGAUGUUCGAGAUACCAGGGUCGGAUAUAACUGGUGUUCAUAUUCACGACGGCUGUGUGCGUCGCUCAGAACCACCAAGACUUACGCGGCGACACGCAGAUCAGGAUAUGCACCACUGGCCCUCGGAAUCUUUCGAUAAUACAGCUUUCUGUUGUGGCACUCAAGACGGAUUCUAUAUUUGAGGCUUGAUUACAAGAUUUGAAAGCGGAACCGGAACCAUCUGUUAAUCAGUACGCGCUCUGAGAAAUGCGCAAUACAAACACACCGGCAAAUUUGUCUAUGCUCAUAUUCCUAUAUUAUCUGUGCCCGAAAGCCCUAUUACUAAGGCAAAAUUAAAGGCUCACUACAUUCUUAAAAUAUAAAAAUAUGACAUCACAAAGUUAUAUAUUAUUAAUAAUCCUCUUGCCUUAUACAUAACUGUUCCAAUAAAAUAAUAAUUUUGUGGCUAGAAAAAAAAAGUAAAAUUUACGAUGAUCUUUAUAGUAGUUCCUUGUGGUUAAAAGAAUGGUUGUGUGCGCGACAUACAGCCAUCUUGUGAUGUAAAUUACUGUAAAUAUUAUAUUAUAGAAAUAAUUAAUUAAGAUGUAAUAGUUUAGGCAUUUUUAAAUCUACAUUUUAACGAGACGAAAUGGUUUAAAAAACUGGUAAUAUAAAUUAAAAGAUUGGCAACACUGAGAAGAUAUUUUGACAUUUUGUUUUUGUUAUACAUAGAUUUUUUAUUUAACGCGAUGUGAUGUGAUUAGGUUUAGAUUAUAAAAAAAUAGAGAAUUUUAGACACGUUUUGAACGGAUUAUAUAAUCACAUUACAAAUAGAAUAAGCUUAUUUUCAAAUAAAAACAAUAAAACUACUGAA